UCUAGGGAGAAUGAAUAUGUUUCUGCAUUUUGGCAGAUAUUUUCUUGACAACCGCGGGAGAGUGGGAGAUGCGACUGCAUUGUACUAAUGACUGACAGAUAGAAUAAGUCGUGUUGUCUCAUGAUACAAGCAGAUCUCAGUGCUCUCAUGAUCAUUCUAAGCCUUGAAGCAUACUGUCGCAAUGCAGAAACGUUUGCGUCGGAAUUUAUCCAGUGAGAGCUAAAAGCGGAACCUCAAGAUUCGUAGCUCUCACUAGGCAGAUAUAGAUGGAAGCUGUAAGUGGUGCACGUCAGUCGUUCGGCACGCCAUGGUGCACGUGGCUUCCAACUCUAAGGUAUAAUCUGACAGCUUGACUCAUAUUUGCUCACUGCUCGCCUUUAAAUAUCUGCCGUUGCCCCUCCAUAUUCUUUUCCCCCCCUUCUCAGCUGCUGCCAACAAGAAAUACGUUCUUCACCUAUCAAAAGUUUCAAUCGACCCCUAAGACCGAAAUGGAGAACAGUGGUACAAGCGCCUCUACCUUGGACAAGAAGUGGUCAUCGAGUGGCUGGAAUGGCAAAUUCUACUGGCACCGUACGAUUGGAAGAAGCGGCAAGACCUGGUUCCAAUGUGGGAUCAGCGCCAACGACCGAACUCCAUCCUCUGGAAAGCCAAGUCACUUCUUCACCUGCAAAUUGAUGCCUCGUGUAGGCUAUACAGAGCAGAAGAUCAUGAAAGCUUGCGAGGAGACUGCCAAAGCUCUGAAGUUCCAUCGAGGUCCGACUGGUGGCAGAUGUGACUCCUGUGAUUUCCGCAAUGUCCAGGAAGUGUGUACGUUGGGCAGAUACAGCAUGUCGCGCUCUCAGUUCCGUAUGAUGAUGGACAAACAUGAUAAAAUGUGUUCCUGCGGAUGCUUUGAUGUCGGAUGUCACGCAAUAUCCAUCACCGAGACCUCGACGUCCAAACUUACUCUGGAGCAAAAUCUUGAGCUAUCGGAUGAUCUAUCGGCUGAGGAAUGGACGUUUGUUCCCGAGGAAAGCUCGCCCAGUAAAGCCUACUGGACACGCACAGUCAAGAGUGGUGAUGAGACCUGGAACCAAUACGGUGUCAGCAAGAACUAUCAAACACCACAUGACGACCAGCCGGACUUCUCUUUUACCUGCAAGAACAUACCGCGAGAGGGGAAAAGCGAACAAUAUAUCCGACGUGCGUGCCAGAUCACGGCCAGCUACAUGAGUUCGCAUCGACGGCGCGGAUGUCACAAUUGCGCUUGCACUUUCGAGACUUUACGAGCGCGUGGUGGAAGAUGCACGGUUGGCCGAUUGCAUGUGAUCACAAGAUUUUUGGCUCGCUUUGUGGAGUUUGCCAUGAGGCAACAUGAUGAAGUUUGUUCUUGUGGCUGUUUUGAUGUUCCGGAGGACGAACAACGGCAAGUUGUAGUAUGACCAUAUGAACAAUACUUGGAGCCGGAGCAUGGUUUGCUGGAAGAACAAAGAGUGUUGUUGACCGAAAUCACAUGCUGGAGUCAAAUGGUUUCUAUCUGGCUCUGACUUCUCAGUAGAAAUUCAGAAAUGUGAAUUCUGAUCGCCACUCGUG